GAGUUUCGUCUGCCCUGUGUUAGCAAUAUCGGCGCUGUCAUAUUUUCUUGUUUAAAUGGACAGUUUGACAUUUCUUGGAAAAAAUGAAUGGUAACUAGGACAGAAGUACAGGGCGGAAUUACCAUAUUUGGGGAGUCUAUUGCUUGCGUUAGUAGCACAGAACACAGAAUGGGGGUUCUUUUGGACAUUCCAGUAGACCAGCAUUGUCAUCAAGUCUCAGGUCCUCGGAGUUCCCAAACCUGCAUGAAUUUCUUUCUUCUGCUGAACACAAAGGGAAGAAGGAAAGUCAUAAAGGUUUGGAACAUAAUGAGGAAGCUGGAUUCUGAAGUGGGACACCGUAUCAUUAAAUUCCAGGACAUGGCAGGAACUUAUUGGGACUCCAUUAUUUGCAUCGACAAGAGAUGGAAAGCAGUGAGAUGGGGGGCCAGCGACAGCAUGGGGUUCUCGUGCCCAGCAUGGCGGGACCCGAAAGAGGCGGAAUUAGCAGAAAUAAAUUAUUCCAAGGCCAGUGAAGUUAUCCAAAGUGUAAUCGAGCUAUGGAGGCUGGGGAAGCCGAGGGGGCCAUGCAGAAGCGCUCCAUCAAACGACUGUGGCAGGUGCUUCACCGCGGCAGGUCACACUUCUGCACCUCGUGCCCUACUCCGGUGUGCCACUUCAGCAGUGAGGUCAUUCGGAUGGGUCGCCGGAGUCAGAGGCUCCAAAGGCUCCAAACAGCAGAAGCUCUUCUGCCUGCCAUUCUCGGGCUAA